AUGCGUUGGCAUAAUGUGUCUUUCGCGCUUAAUCUCUUGGUUGGCUGCUCUCAUGUCAACACAGAUUCGUGUUCCACCGUUCUUUUUUGGGGUACACACACAAUUGGCAAUAUCCACAGGGUAGGUUGGUCACAGACUUUUUCGACCAUAUCUUCGUAAAUCGUAAAUAGGAAGAUUUCAGGGUGUUACGCCAUAUUAUCGGUUCUGAGAAAGCUGAAAUAUUUAGCACCAUAUAAUAUUAGGAAACAACUUGCAGAUAGUCUAGUUUUGUCAAAAUUGGAUUAUAACGAUGUUGUGUGUAAUCCAGUUCCCGAUUACUUACUAAAACGUUUACAACGAAUGCAGUUGGCUGUUGCAGGUUUUGUAUAGCGGAAAUAUGCCAACAUGAGUGACAUCCUCUCUCUUGGUUGACUUCCUGUUGUGGAACGUAAGGCCUAUCAUUUAGCCAAACUAGUCUUUAAAGCCAUUCAUUCCAGCGACUGGCCCUCGUACCUAAAACUUGACGAGUAUGAGUCUUCAAGACCCCUGCGUUCAUCGUCUUCCCGUCGCUUGGUCGUUCCACGUGUCUCUGGUACCUUUCAAGGCGAGGCUGCUCGGGUGUGCAACGAUCUUCCCGAAGACAUUCGGAACAGUAAUAACUUUAGAGAGUGAACAAAAAAAACAGAGUGGGGGAAGCUCUCUCAGAAGAAUUUAAUUCCCAGUCUGGUGUGUCUAAGAGAGAUGCUCGGCAAUUAAAAAAGUGUUGGGAGAAUAUAAAGUCCCGUGUUAUAAGAAACAACUUGCAAAAGAGAAGAGAGAAAGUAAAUUAACUAGUGGUGGUAGUCCAUCAUCAUCCAAACAAGACGACGAAGCUGCUGCUGUUUCUUCGAUUAUUCCAGGUCAGAUUGACAGCCUGAAUAACCCUUUUGAUGACGAUAAUUUUGAAAAAGGUAAGACAAUGCUAAUUGCAAAAUACUAUUUAAUAGUUUGCCUAUUCCGAACAUCAACACAAGUCAUGGUAAAUCAAUACGUGAAUUAUUUGAUGACGUGGUUAUUGUAUAGAAAUCGACGCUGAUGAAGAUGAGUCAUUGGUGCUAACUACAGUCAGUACACCAAACGAACGCGAAUUCCAGCCAUCUGUCGUCGAGGCUGCCUUAUCGUCGUCGUUAACCAGGAAAUCACAAAUAUCCGAUGCCCAACCACGAUGUUUAGAUUUACAAACCCAACAGCCGAUGACGCGGAAAUGGAGCUCCUGGUCAAAAGGAAAAUGGAAGUGCUGGACGCGGACCUUGAAUAUUGGAAACAAUGAACUAAUGAAUCCAUAA